AUGGCCACGGUGCUGUACAGGGAACCUUCACCGGAGCUUAAGGGACACAAGACACCCAACCUUUAUCUGCCCACCGCUGCUAUCUUUGAGACUGCUCGGGUACGGGAAUGACCUCUGUCACUACCAUGAGCCAACAAAACCCUUGGGUAAGUUGGUUGCUUCGUUCGUUGUCUGACACAAAUCCUGUCCCAACCAUGCCCUCGAUCUGCUCCGCCCGCUGCCUGUGUUCUUUCCCGGUUGGUGAUAGUAGCACAACCCCGCUCACAAUCUGCAGUCGGACGGCCGUGUAGCUCAUAAACCCCGCCUUAGCCCGGACGAUGUCCACCGUCGAAGGCCAAGUUCCGGCUAUCGUACUUCAGGAUCUUCUAAGCAACCCCGGUCAGAGCACACAAUGGCUUCGCCCAACGCCCACAAAGAUAACAGGGACCGACCUCCUCCCCGUUCUAACCCCCAUGCUCGGUCUCGCUCCCACAAUACUGGUGUUCCGAAAACGGACAGGGCCAGACUUCAGGGCCCUCCUCCUCCUUGCUCCUCACAAAGGUCUCGACGUCGAGCGAGUUCCAUCCCUGGCCCGGAUACUAUCGAUAGAUUGGACAAUGGUGUUUUUGGCAACUAUUACCAUCAUGAAGGACCUUACGAUUCUACACUGCUAGCUAGACAGAACGGACCUAGACCUCCUGUCGAAGCCCUACGCGAGAGCAAUGCUGCUGCAUUGGCUGCCACACCCAUGGCCAACAUACUUGAUUCCCUGGAAAAGCACAAACCCUUGCAGGGAACUGCUAUGGUGGCACCGAGGACAAGACUACCCAAUGGUGAAUUUAUCGGUGACUAUGAAGAGUACGACAUGAUGCGUCAAGGACCCGGAGGUAGCUAUAGAAGAUACCCUGGCUUUGUAAGUUCUUUACCUUACAAGUAUGAUAUCUCCAUGGAUCUGUCUUUGCUGAUCGUGCUGCAGAGUUACCUCAAAGAAGAUCUGAAGGGUAAAGGUGAGCCGGGAUAUACCCAGGACCUCUUGGACAAGCAGCGAAAGGCCGGGGGCAAGAUGCGUCAGCCGGAGGCUCCGGGCGUAUACCAGAUGAUGCCUCAAUCGACUUCUGGCAAACCUGCUAGAAUUGCCCGCGAGAGAUCCACCAGUGCCUCGCAUCUGACCACUUCCAACAACUCUGCCUUCCAAUCGGAUAGCGGGAACUUGGGGAGGAGUAAAAGCAGUGCUAGUCGGGGCGGUACUUCGAAGGGAUCGCUAAGUUCGAGGAUAAAGAAGAGAUUUAGUUGGGUCCCGAAGAGGGAUUAG